AUGUCUUCAUCAUCUGAUAACAACAGUAGUAGUGAAUCAUCAACAACAACUUCGGAGAUUGAAUCAUCCUCGUCUUCAUCUUUAUCAACAACUACAUCAACAACAACUGAUAAUAAUAAACAAAUAUAUAGAACAUGGAUUAAAAAACAACAAGUACCAUUAGGAUGUUCAAUAUUACAAUUAUUUGUUAAAGAGAAUGAUAUAAUAGAAAUUAAUCAACCAUUAUUUGAAUAUAAAGUAUAUAAUGUAAAUCAUAAUGGUGUUAUUGGUGAUAGAGUUGGUGUAUUCUUAGCAAGUAUUUAUAAAAAUUUAAAGAAUAAUUCAUUGUGCAAGGCUAAAAUUGUUAAAAUUUUAAUGUCUAAUCAGUCUGAUUUAAUUUCACAAACAAAUCCAUAUCAUAUUACACAAGAAAAUCAAAGAAUUGUUUUACAUAUUCAAUAUAUUGAUACAAGUGUUAAAGAAGAAAUUACAAAUCAAGAUUUUGAACCACAAGUGCCAACUUAUACUUUAUUAUAA